CGACUCUCCAGAUGGCACCAAGAGUUCUCAUCUUCGGUGCUGGUGGCAUCGGGGGUGUAUAUUCAUAUUUGCUGUCCCGCGCGGUCCCGGCCAGCAACAUCACCGUAAUCUGCCGCUCCAACUACGACGCCGUCUCCAAAAACGGAAUCACAGUGAACUCGAGUCUCUGGGGCCAGGGACUCAACGUCAGACCGUUGGCCUUUAGGAAUGUCACAGAGGCAGUUGAAGCCAGCGGAGGAGCACCCUUUGACUAUGUCAUUGUGACCAGCAAGGCACUCAACACCACCCCAUCAACGGCAGAACUCAUCAAGCCGGCCGUGACCUCAGGCAAAACGGCGAUAGUGCUCAUACAAAACGGCAUAAACACCGAGGCGCCCUUCGCAGAGCUCUACCCAGAGAACCCCAUCCUCAGCACGGUCGUCUACCUCCCCGCAACCCAGACAGAGCCCGGCGUCAUCGAGCAUAAGGAGGUCGAGCUGCUGCACAUCGGCACCUACCCAGCAUCCGCGCCCCAGCCGCACAAGGCCGCAGCGCAGGCCUUCUCGGACCUCCUGACAGCCGCAGGUGCAUCCUCAGAGCUCCACGACGACGUCCAGGCCGAGCGCUGGUCAAAGCUCAUCGUCAACGCGGCGUGGAACCCGAUCUGCGCCCUGACGCGGUGCCGGGACCGCCAGCUCCUGGACAUCAGCACCCAGGCCGGCCCGUGCAAGGACUUCAUCAGGGGCGUGAUGCUGGAAGUCGCGGCGACGGCGCGGGCGCACGGGUACGGGAGCAUCGACGAGGAGCUCGUCGAGUUCCAGCUGCAGCGCGCGUGCGUCAGGUCGCUGCCGGGGAUCCAGCCGUCGAUGAUGGCUGAUGCGCUGGCUGGGCGGAACACCGAGGUCGAGGCCAUUGUUGGGAAUACCGUGAGGCUUGCGGCGGAGAAAGGGGUGGCGACGCCGAUGCUCUCGGCGAUCUACUUCCUUGCUUCUGGGCUUGAUAAUAGCUUCACGCUGGCGAGGUCGUGAGAGGCGUGGCCAGUGUUUGGGGCAAAGGGGAAGUUCAUAGACUUGUUGCGUGACUUAGAUUUCAGAUAGAGUGAUUCUAUCUAGGUAAUCAUAGAUAGCCCUUAUUAGAAAGACGUUACUUCAA